AUGACAUCAUCUUCCGAUUCCGAACCUCGUACGAACGAAAUGCCAUCAGAGAAACUUGGAGACUCGUCCUCGGAGCUAGGAGGAGAUUCGAACUCUUCAGAGAAACUUGGAGAAGAGGAAGAAAAGUGUGGGCUUCGCUUGUUCAUGAAAGGAGGUGAUUGCAAAGACUCAUUCAUGGCUUGGGAAGUUUGUGUGGAGGAAGCUGAUAAGAAUGAAGAAAAUAUCAUCCCCAAGUGUAUGGAAGUCACUCGUACGUUGUAUAAAUGUAUGGUUGAUCACUCCGAUUAUUACCAGCCUUAUCUUACAGUAGAGAAAGCUGUCCGAGAAGAACAAUUGAAGAAGGAGAUGGAAGCCGAGAAGAACAAAGAGAUCUCUGAAGAGGAAUUGAAGUGGCUAGCUCCCAGUUGA